AUGGCGUAUGAGUUUAAUCCCACUGAUGAAGAGAUAGUGUGUCAUUAUCUUUACAAAAAGGAUGUCCAUGAAGAAAUCGAGGACGUCGACUUGAUGGUUGUUGACUUAAGUAAAACUGAGCCAUGGGAUCUCGCCGAUGAGGCGAAAAUGAACUCGACAGAGUGGUAUUUCUUCAACCUUCGAUGGAAUAGGACCACGAGCUCUGGCUACUGGAAAGCUGCAAGUCGUAGUCGGAAGGUGGUUAAUCCGGCGACAAGAGUUAUUGCAGGGAGGAAAACGACAUCAUUUUUCUACAUAAAAAAUGCUCCUGAUAUCAGAACAGGUUGGACCAUGGAUGAAUUUAACCUCGAGAACCCUCAGGUGCCUCCUAAAACACUUAUUUUUAACUCUUAG